UGGUGCAUCCGUUCGGCCGCACCGUCCGGCCGACAUAACAAACUGGCGACGAGGAUGCUUCCCGGAAUUUCGCCGCCGCCGCCGUUCCUCGUUUCACCAGGCACGCCCGCCAUCCCCUGGCCGCGAUGGCUGCGCCUGUUUGAAAACUUCACGCUCGCCUCUGGAGCGUCUGAGCUAUCGGCGGCCCGCCGCCGAGCCCUCCUUCUGCACUGCCUCGGACCUGAAGGACAACGAAUUUUCGACGCCCUGCCACCGCCACCACCAUCGAACGCCCCAGACCACCCGCCCGCGCAUCCGAGUGCGGGAACCGCCCCCCUUCAGACGGUUACGCCUUCUGCAACCACCGCUGCAGUUGGAACGACAGAGAUCAAACAAGCCGAUGCCGAGCUCGCACAGCCACCGGACGAGUACGACGCAGCUGUUCAAGCCCUGGCUCGACACUUUUCCGCUACUUGCAACGUACGCGUCGAGCGACAUCGCUUCCGUGACCGUCGUCAACUGCACGGUGAGCCGAUAUCGGAGUUUGCUCUUGCGUUUCGCGAACUGGCUUCGUCAUGCAACUUUGCCGCGCAAGCGGAUACAAAUCUGUGCGACCAGUUCGUCGCCGGGGUCACAUGCCCGCGCCUACGGGAGCGGCUAUUGCUCGAGGGUGACGCGCUCACGUUUGACCGCGCCGUGGAGAUAGCGCUUCUUCGCGAGCAAAACACAAACAAGUUGUCUCCGCCCACCACGAAGCCACCACUGGGUCCACCCAAGUUUGGUAUGCCUACUUCAUUAUGGGCCAAGUUCGAACACUUGUUUUCACCAGAGCUAGGACUUGCCAAAGGUGUCCAGCAUCGGGUCAAGCUCAAACAGUCGGUAGCUCCUGUCACGCAGAAGCUCAGACGCCUACCACUUUCAGUGCGAGAAGCAGUCAGCGACGAGCUGAGGAACCUACUUUCUGCUGAUGUCAUUGAAUGCGUAAAUGCGUCAGAGUGGGUUUCCCCUAUUGUUGCAGCUCGCAAGAAAGAUGGCAGCAUUCGCAUCUGCGUGGACCUCCGCGAAGCUAACAAAGCUGUGGUGGUCGACAGCUUUCCCCUGCCACACACAGAAGAGUUGCUGCAUGCCCUGAACGGUGCCCGUUACUUUUCUAAGUUGGAUUUGGCCUCCGCAUACUACCAGGUUCUGCUUCAUCCAGACAGUAGAGAUAUUACAGCGUUCAUAACGCACGAUGGCCUUUUUCGAUUUAAGAGAGUAUGUUUCGGCCUAGCCUCAGCACCAGCAGCAUUCCAGCAACUCAUGACGUCAAUUCUACAGGGAUGCAAAGGCGUUCUCUGCUACCUGGACGACGUCAUCAUCUUCGGCAAGUCGGAGAAAGAGCACAUGCGGAACUUAGAGGAAGUCCUGCAACGAAUUUCACACGCUGGGCUCAAGCUAAAUGACAAAUGUGUUUUCAACACAUCCGAACUCUCGUUUCUUGGUCACCGCGUUAGCGCCGAAGGAGUAGCACCCCUUCAGACCAAAGUUGACGCCAUUGUUCACGCUGCCACCCCUACAGAUGCUGGCAAGCUCCGGUCGUUCCUGGGACUAGUAGAAUACUAUGCUAGAUUUGUUCCACGCCUAGCAGAGGAAGUGGAGCCCAUGCGCAGACUUCUUCGUAAGGACACUCCUUUUAUCUGGGACACUGCUGCUGAGAACAGUCUUACAAGAGUAAAGAACCUCCUAGCCUCCCACAGGGUACUACAAAUGUUCGAUCCAGCACUUCCCGUCAUUGUGGCCACCGAUGCAUCCGCAUAUGGUUUAGGUGCGGUACUGCAACAAGUUGAUGGUCGGCACAUUCGAACUGUGGCAUUCGCGUCACGAACAUUGACGGAAGCAGAACGGAAGUACUCGACUGGUGAACGUGAGGAUCUAGCUUGCUUGUGGGCUCUAGAGAAAUGGCAUGUGUACCUAUGGGGUCGUCCAGUUACUCUGCAAACGGAUCACCAAGCUCUAGUAGCCCUGCUUUCUUCUCAAGGCACAGGACAGCGACCACUCCGCAUAGCAAGAUGGACUGCACGGUUACUGCGGUACAACUUCACGAUGCAGUACAGGCGUGGUGAGCACAACAAGGUAGCUGAUGCCUUGUCCCGGCUACCUCUUCCAGACACUGAAGGUGGCCCCGAGUCAGAAGAAGAAAUAGUGUCUCUGGUAAUGUGUGUACAUCACGAUGAACUGAAGCAUGCAACCGCGGAGGAUAGCACUCUCCAAGACGUUGCCCGUUGCGUACAGACAUCGUGGCCGCCACGCAAAAACGUGGCACUUAACCUGACUCCCUACUAUGAAGUCCGAAAGGAGUUGACAGUGGUUGAUGGCAUACUCUUGCGUACUGAGCGCAUCGUAGUCCCCGCCAAGCUCACAGCCACUUUUGUCAAGCUGGCUCACGAAUCACACCCUGGUAUCGUGAAAACCAAACAACGCCUACGAGAGAAGUAUUGGUGGCCAGGGUUAGACAAACACGUUGAAACAACUAUCCGCAGUUGUGCCAUUUGUCAGAGCGCGGACAAAAGUGCCAAGAACUCGCCCACACCACUGCAGCCAAUCCCUCUUCCUGACAAACCUUGGGACAAGAUAGCUAUUGACAUUGUUGGUCCCUUCGAGCGUGCACCUACAGACUGCAGAUUCGUCAUUUCAGUAGUUGACUAUUUCUCAAAAUGGCCAGAAGUGGCUUUUUGUGCUGAUGUUACCUCCCGCACGGUGACGAAGUUUCUACUCUCACUCUUCGCACGUGAGGGUUACCCGACAGAGAUAGUGUCUGACCACGGCAGACAGUUCACAUCGAGGGAAUUUGAAUCCUUCCUUGAAGACCGUGGAAUCAGGCACAUCUUUUCUGCCGUAUACCACCCACAGGCAAAUGGUCUAGUGGAAAGAUUUAAUCGGGUACUGAAGUCGUACAUUCAACUGGCCCUGCUGGAGCAGCGCCCAGUGAAGGCAACUGUGACUGAAUACUUGGGAGUAUACAGAGCCACCCCUCACAGCACCACCGGUCUCUCACCGGCCGUUCUUCUACAUGGCCGACACAUGAGAACAUCGCUGGAUGUAAUUGGUCAGCCUACGGCCGACUUCAGCACAAAUCCAUCGCGGGAGAUGAGCGUGCUCAGGAAAAGAGUCGCAGAGCAUCAACGGAAGAGCAAGGCCUACGCUGAUCAACGGCGAGCUGCUAGGGUCCCCAAGUUCCAAGUGGGCACCUACGUACGAGUGAAAAAACCAAUUCCCGGACCAAAGGGCACUCCAAGUUAUGGACCACCAUUGAAAAUCCUCAAAAGAAUCGGCCGCUGGUCUUUCUGUCUGGAAGACGGUCGAACCUGGAACGCUUCGCAGCUGUCAGCGGUACCAAAAGAGGCAUCGCCAGAGCAAGGAACUAACAUAGACAUCUCUGGCGCGCACGACAUGCCCCCGUUGACAGACUGUCACAGGAGAGAUGUACCAUCGAAGACUUGGAUCACUACGCCUGCUGGUCCGCAUCAAACGCAGGAAGCGAGUUCCGCUGAUCAACUUGCGUCUCCCUCACGCCCUGUACCACUACCCGUGCCGCCGAGCCCACCACAGCCGCAAGGUUCGCAACCGCAUACCCUGGCUUCAGGCUCUCGCACGGUGGAGUGCAGUGUACCGGUAGAAGGCAAUGGACUCGAUGCCGAGCCACCGCCUGACCGGCCAAGGAGAAAUCGCAGACCUCCAGCCGUCAUCAGAGGCUUCCUGGUUCGGCAGCGGCUUCGGACCGAGUUUCGGCGAGACUUUGACUCCGUCCUCAAGGAUGGCGAAGGGGAAGAGCCCAACGUGCCUGUCGCCACAUCAGGUAUGAAACGAGAUACGUGCAGCCGCUGUCCAGUGUGA